CGCGCAGAUGCCAAACAAGUGAAGUGAAAAGGAAAGACUUUAAAAGCGUUAAUCAAGUGCAAAUCUAGAUAUAUAUAUAUCUAUAUCUAUAGCGAUAUUUAUGGCUGGUUAUCGCGCUUUGCCAUUGGCGCCAGUCACGCCCACAGCGGCUGCUGCUGCCGUGCAGCCGAGCUCGACUAUGGCCUACGCCCACGCACACCAUCAAUCGCUGACGGCGAUGUCGAAUAACGGUAUUAUCUAUCAAUCGGCGGUGCACGCCUCCAUACAUAGCUUGAAUACAGUACAAAGUCAGCAUCUACAACGCUCAUCAACCACGCAUCAUCAUAUUUUAGCCACGGCAACGGCCACGGCGACGGCAGCAGCAGCAGCAGCGGCAGCGAACGCAGCCACAGCCGCGACAGCAACAGCAGCGGCGGCAACCGCAACGGCAGCAGCAACCGCUGCUGUAGCAGUAGCGCUGCCCACGCCAGCAGCAGCAGCCGCCUUACAGCCGACGGCAGCAGCAACUGCAAAUUAUGGCCAACAGCAACAUAUGCAGCAGCAGCAGCAGCAACAGCAACAGUUGCAGCAACAUCAACAACAUCAGCAGCAGCAGCAACAGCAACAGCUCAUGUUGCAACAUCAGCAGCAGCAACAUCAGCAGCAGCAACAUCAACAGCAGCAACAUCAACAGCAACUGCUGCCCCAUCAGCAGCAACAUCUACAACAGCAGCAGCAGCAGCAACAGCAACACAUGAGCUUGACGCCCGCUCUGCACCACCACCACCAUCAUCACCACCACCACCAGCAGCUGUCGCUGCACCAGAACCACCUGUACUUCAAUGGCCUGGGCCAUCAUCAUCAUCAUCAUCGGCAGAUCUUUAGCCACUUGCAGAGCGCUCUAUUGCCGCUCAGUGUUAAUGGCGAACCUAUCAAACUGCCCGACAAUUUGGAGAGCCUGCCAAGAGCCGACAGUUUCCCAUCGCAGCGACAUCGCUGGAAUACAAAUGAGGAAAUCGCAGCGAUUCUUAUCAGCUUUGAUAAGCACAGCGAAUGGCAAUCAAAAGAAGUCAAAACAAGACCGAAGAGCGGCUCUCUGUUGCUCUACUCGAGAAAGAAGGUGCGCUACAGACGCGAUGGCUACUGCUGGAAGAAACGCAAGGAUGGGAAGACAACCCGCGAGGAUCACAUGAAACUUAAAGUACAAGGCACUGAGUGCAUCUAUGGUUGUUACGUACACUCGGCCAUAUUGCCCACAUUUCAUCGCAGAUGUUACUGGCUAUUGCAGAAUCCGGACAUUGUUUUGGUGCAUUAUCUGAAUGUGCCCUAUCCGGACGAUAAUAAAAUGGCCGUCAUUGCGCCGAGCAUAACGCUCUGGGGCGAUAAGAAGGAGUGGACCAAAGAGGAGCUGGUUAGUCAACUAAAGCCUAUGCUGUCCACAGUGAAUUCAGAUGAGGACUCCGAUUCGGGCAAUGAUAUUGAGAUAUCGACGGCCGAAACAGUGGAGUCUAUCGUAUGCCAGCUGAUGGAGAAGCAACGUCUCUCGCGGCAAGCCGCGCUAGUCAAACAACUCGAUUGCGGCUGCGGCGAUGCAACCUGUGCAGAUGGCAAGACCUGCACGCAUCCCGUUAUGCGACGCACGGGCGGCAUAUUGAAGAGCGUCUCAGAGAAGCGACCCAAUGAUGCCUACAGCACAGCCAACGGCACACCCAACGUUGUGGUGGCCAGCAAGCUUUAUUCACGCUGGUCGGAGCGACACAGACAGCGUGAUGCGACGCUGCAUUUGGACAAUCCACACGCGCAGUUUCACAAUGCAACGCAGCAGCUGCCGCAAGAGUCGGCGAUCAAAUUUCAAAUCAUUCCCCAGCAGCAACAGCAGCAGCAGCAGCAGGCCAAUCACAGCGAAGGAAGCUAUCAGCAGCAAUAUCGUGGCGCCAAUCAGAUGUUGGCCACAAGAAACAAUCUGAUAAUACAGCAGCAACAGCAGCAACAACAACAGCAGCAGCAGCAGCAACAGCAACAACAAUAUCAACAGCAGCAGCAACAUCUAAACUUGCAGCGCUUUGUAGCUAGUCACAAUCAAAGCAAUCAAAGUCAUAAUCAACACAGCAGCAACAACAGCAAUAAUAGCAACAGCUCAGCACAUUUAAAUCAUCGCCUGCAAAUUGCCAAUACAACAAUAACGGCGACAACAAGGGAGGCAGCAGCAGUAGCAGCAGCAGCAGCAGCAGCAACAACAACAGCAGCAGCAAAUGUCAUGGAUACGGAACUAAUUGAAAACCAAAGCCAGCAGCAGCAGCAGCAGCAGCAGUUGACCGCAAAUAGCAACAAACUGAGCCACAAUACAAAUAACAGCACAACAGCUCACACAAACAACGAAUUAAAUGUCAUAAACAACAACAGCAAUAACUUUAUAUACAAUCAACAGCAGCAGCAAGCCAACACUCAACAGCAGCAACAUUAUUAUAAAUUGCAACAGACAUCCACCCCCAACAACAACAACAACAGUAGUAGCAGCAGCAGCAGCAGCAGCAAUCAACCCCCAGUUGAGGCCAUGUGCAUGUCACCUGAGCAUCAUAGCAGCAGCAGCAGCAGCAGCAACAACAAUCAGCUUGGGGCAACAGCAGCAACGUCUUCCGCUGGCAAUACUCCUUCCACAUCAGCAACAUCAUCCACCUCCAGUUCCUUACAGUCGAUUAUCGAUGGCAAUCAGCAGCAACAAAUUACAACGACAACAGCAGCAACAACAACAGCAGCAACAACAACAUGUGAUAAUUUAAUGAGCGCCAAUGCGCACGCUGAGCUGGACGGCGGCAGCAGCAACAACAGCAGCGAGCAGCAGCAGCAACAGCAGCAACAGCAGCAACAGCAGCAGCAGCAGCAGGCGUCUAGCAACUAUAGCGUCAACAAUCAGGCAACGGAUGCCCAAAUUCUUAAUGGUUGUGCCAACUACAGUGCUUCCAGUGAUAACAGCAGCCAAAUUAGUGACAGCAACAACAACAGCAGCAGUCGCAGUCGCAGCAGCAGCAACAGCAACAAUAGCAACGACGAUGAACCGCAAGCAGAGUCAAUGAGCUUCUUUAAUGAGACAUUAGAUCUAUCGCACGAGGAUAUACAACGCACGCUCAUAGCCAAUAUGCCCUACAGCAACAGCAGCAAUAGUCAAGCAGCAGCAGCAGCAGGAACAACGACAACAGCAACAGCUAAUUGCAAUAACAACGAAACAGCUCAGCAGCAGCAACACCAACAGCAACAGCAACACUCAAACGAACGUGAAGAUGAGGACACGGCAGAUGUGUUUGCCAAUUUGGAUGCGUUUGAUAUGCUGGUUGAAUUUCCGGAACUGGAUCUGGAUGAUAAGCAGGCCUUGAAUAACACGGCGCUCGAGCAGGUGCACAGUCAGGCAGGUAGUUCUUAUCUAGCCACGCACAACAACACGACCACCCAGCGCAAGCUGCUCAACAUUUGUGACUUCAGUCCGGAAUGGUCUUAUACAGAGGGUGGAGUCAAGGUGCUCGUGGCAGGUCCUUGGACGAGUGAUGGUGGCUGCUAUACGGUGCUGUUCGAUGCACAGCCUGUGCCCACGGUGCUCGUCCAGGAGGGCGUCUUGCGCUGCUAUUGCCCAGCACAUGAGGCAGGUUUGGUUACCUUGCAGGUGGCAUGUGGCGGCUUUUUGGUCUCCAAUGCGGCGAUGUUUGAGUACAAAUUGUCGCUGCUAGCGGAUGCGCCAUUCGAUGCCAGCAGCUCCAACGACUGUCUGUACAAAUUUACGUUGUUGAAUCGUUUGUCUACCAUAGAUGAGAAACUGCAGCUCAAGCUGGAGAAUGAGCUCACAUUCGAUCAAACUUCCCUUUUUCUUGAGCCCAACUUCGAGGAGAAGUUGGUGCUCUAUUGCCAUCGGCUGACGAAGCACGCCUGGAGCACGCCCAGCACUUGCGCCAAUUGGAGCGUUGGCUUGCGUGGCAUGACCCUACUGCAUCUGGCCGCCGCCUUGGGCUAUGCCAAGCUGGUGGGCGCCAUGCUCAACUGGCGUGCAGAGAAUCCACAUAUCAUACUCGAAACAGAGCUGGAUGCACUUAGCCAGGACGUGCAUGGGUUUACGCCCUUGGCUUGGGCCUGUGUUCGCGGACAUUUGGAGUGCACUCUGCUGCUCUACAAAUGGAAUCAUAAUGCGCUGAAGAUCAAGACGCAGGCGCAGCAAACGCCACUCGAUUUGGCCAGCUUGAAGGGCCAUAAGCAGCUGCUGCAGCAGUUGUGCCGGCUUGAAAAGGAACGCUGCCGCAAGCCACAGCCACGUGGUGGCCUGGCCAAUCUCUCCAUGAAUCUGGCCGCCGAGGCGGCCACUGAUGAGUCCAGCUAUAGUGUCUAUGAACUGGAACUGCAGCGCAGGCAUGACGGAGUCUUUCUACGACCUGUGGCGCUUCAUAGCAAUCAAAGUCCGCCAAACAACAACAGUCGCUACUCGAAGCGCUCUUCCAUAGACAGCGGCAUCAACAUGGACAUGCGCAGCAAAUCUGGAAAGCCUUUGGCUAGGCUGCACGGCAACUAUGAGACACAUGACAACUAUGCUUUGGGCGUGGAUUCCCCUUUGGAUUCGCUUAGCGGCAACAAUUGCUCUGGUUUGCUAUCGCCGAUGCGUAAAAUGGAUUUUGCUCUGUGCGAGGUAUCCACGGGCGAAUCGAGUCCCAUACACGACAAAGACAUCGAUUGCGAUGACAAUUCGACGAGCGUGACCGACGCAACUUUAAACAAUGAACUCAACGAUGCGGUCGUAGGGGAUUCCGAUGCAAAAGUUUUAACGCUAGCGGAACAUAUUAUAGCAGCUAUGCCAGACAGAAUCAAGAACGAAGCGCACGAAAUGAUGGUGUUGGGCAGUCCUUUAACGGAGCCACUCACCUCGGAGUCAUCGGCUCUGACAGAUAGCUUUAUGGAUCCGCUGCUCGAUUCUUUGCCCAAUACGCAUUUCGAUAGCGAUUUUAGUUUUGAUUUUCAUGACCACAGCUAUCGAUAUCAUGAUGUGAGCACACCUUGCUCCAGUUUGAGUCCCGCCAGUUCGGGUCCUCUGCAAUCGCCGGCUAGCUACUCAAUUCUAGGCACAGAUCCGUCAGUCAGCUCACCCAGUCCGCCGCCUUCAACAAAACAGUUGACGGAGUUUCUGCAUGCCUCCAGCAUUUCGCAAUAUCCAUUCGAGGCAGAUUUCUCAAAGCUAACGCUCACAGACACCGAACAGCGGGAGCUCUACGAGGCAGCCAAGUGCAUACAGAAGGCAUAUCGUUCGUACAAGGGCCGCCAGAAGAUGGAGGAGCAGAACAAGGAGCGUACCGCUGCAAUUGUCAUCCAAAACUAUUACCGUCGCUACAAGCAAUACGCUUACUACCGACAGAUGACCAAUGCAGCUCUAGUCAUACAGCACGGCUAUCGCUCGUAUCGACGCAACAAGCGCUUCAAGAAGUCCCAACUGGGCACAGCCAGCGAACAGGGCAGCGUCAGCAGUAAUUCCCAAUGCCUCUCCAGCUUCUACGAUCACUACAAGCAGGAUCAACAGCAGCAGCAGGAGCUCAGCUCACAGCCCAGCACGCCCAAGGAGACGAGUCCGUCGGGUCCUCUGAAGCGUACAUAUUCCCAGUCUACACAAAAUCAGGCUGCCAGAAAAAUACAACAGUUCAUGAGACAAUCACGCAUCAAACUACAGAGAGAGCGAGCCGAAAAAGAGAAGCUGGUGCACCAACGCAGGGCGGAAUACCUUCAAAACUUGCAGUAUCAAGGGCAACAGGAAAUGUCAGUAUGCCAUAGUGAGAAUAGCAACAACACCAAUAACAACAACAAUCUGCAGCAUAUGCAAUCCAAUCUAUGAGAGAGAAGCGAUAAAAAUAUAUUAUGUAUAUGAAGAAAAAAACUAUGUUCAA